AUGAAAGGCUAUGCUUGUUUUGUAUUUUUAGUUUUAUUAGCCUUUAGCCAAUCUAAGCGGGUAGAGAACGGGUAUUCUGAUGGAUACGUUUUUUUAACUGUUCGUAAUACCAAAACGGGUACCGAACAAGAAGUUUGUGCAAACUAUCUCCAGUUCAGAAGUCAAAGGAUAUCUGAAACUGCUGAAAAAGCUGACUCAUAUGGUUUGGGUUGGUGGCGGAAAAAUAAUCAUAAUAUUAAAAACGCAACCAGGAUUUGUCCCCUGAACGAUAAGUCUGAAAGGAGGUUUCCUAAUCAGAUUGUACCUUUGAACUACAGAAUUGACGAUGAUGGUACAGAAUGUACUCGUCCCUUUAACGAAGGAACUUCUUCGUUCAGAAACGCCACACAAUUUCAAGUUAAUCAGCUCAUAAAACAUGAUGCGUCGUCUGCUUUGUUCCUCAUAGAACGUGGACGGAAGUUUGUAACCAAAUGGAGAGACUUCUUGUUUGCCGAUUUCUAUGAUCCAUAUGUGAAUACGACGUUGCCCACCUUUUUCAUUUAUUUGGAUGUGUUCGAAAAAAUUGUGAGUAAGGAAAACGCAGGAGAGGAUUUGGAGUUCCUAUUCCAUCGUCCUACCGAUAGUGCGUUCGACCUGUCCAUGGUUUUCAUUUGGUUGUUAGCUAUGGUAUGUGUGACAGGAGGAGGAGCAUGGGCUUUUGUUAGGCAUAAAGCUGGAAAAGAUAAGAACCCACUUCAAAGUUCACUGAAUGAGAACGAUGGCCCGCAGACAUGCUGUGUUCGUUUUGCGAACUCUUUAGCUAUAGCUACACUAAUGAUCUUCUUGGUUGCCAUUUUGAUGUUAGGUUUCUAUUUCAGACCUCUCCUAGUAUUUGUCUUUAAUCUUCUGUUGAUGUUAUUCGGGUCCUUCAGUGUUUAUGGCUGUUUGCAAGCAUUCCUCUCGAACUUCCAGUGCACUAAAAGAUUACCGUGUUCAACAACAGUUUGUUCGAUGUUCCCUGAACUCGGCUGUAUCUCUCAUAGACCUACGGUUGGAAAAAUCAUACUUUAUACUAUAUCCUUCGUAUUAUGCCUUUGCUGGUUCAUUUUCCGUAUGACACCAUAUGCUUUCAUACUUUUGGAUCUUAUAAAUAUAACUUUAUGCCUUCAUAUCCUCAAAUCUCUACGUCUACCCAGUCUGAAAUGGAUUUCUACGCUCAUGCUGUGCAUGUUCACCUAUGAUGCUAUCAUGGUUUUUGUCACUCCUCUAUGGACGAAAAAUGGAUGCUCUGUUAUGCUUGAAGUAGCUACGGGAAUCGAUUGCUCUGCCAGUAACAACAUUGGUUAUCCAAUGCCACCAAUUGAUGCUAACUUACCAGAGAAGUUCCCAAUGCUUAUGCAAGUCAUGCAUUUUGAUCCAAUGAUGAAAUGCAUUGAUUUAGAGGUUGAAAAGGGGUUCCAAAUGACUAUAUUGGGACUAGGCGACAUUAUAAUUCCAGGUUAUCUUGUUACACAUUGUUUCACAAUGAACGGAUUCGAAGAAAAAGCAAGACUAAUAUAUGGCGUUGUUUGUGUUAUAGGCUAUGGUGUUGGGUUGAUCAUGACAUUUAUUGCUUUAACAAUUAUGAAUAUGGCGCAGCCAGCAUUGAUAUAUCUCGUUCCAGCAACGCUGUUCCCCAUUUGUAUUUUAGCGUUAAUUAGGGGAGAAUUCCAAACCAUUUGGCAUGGUGUUCCAGACAAUGAGAUUAAGUCAAUUGGUGAAGUUGGUCCUCUCGGGAUUCCGGAAUCAGAAAGCGAAACUACCAACGAAGUUUGA